AUUUUUCUUGUCCCUGUCCUUUGUUUUUUUCGAUCCCCACCCACACGUAGACCGCAGUAUAUUCAUUCAAUCAAUCCUCUCUCUCUCUCUCCUCAUAGCGCUCCUUGCUUUUCCUCAGCAAAAAUCAAAAUCAAAAUUAAAAUCAAUUUGCUUUCUUUUCAAAGAGUCGCUCUUUUCUCUAUUCCUCUGUCAAACAAACCAAACAGAUUAUAUACAGAUAAUAUAUAGAGAUACACCAGUUUCUCGUUUGUACUUAUCGGUUCGUACAUUGAUUGUUUUUUAUUGAUCAAUGGGGAUCGGUGACUUUACUUGUAAAUUAGGGUUUCUAUUUGUUAUGGUUAUUUGAAGAUUAUUAGCUGGCGUUUGCAUUUAAUCGAAGGAUGUAGCUGAAUUAGUGUGUUGCUUGGUCCGUAAUUUCUAGGAAUUGGGUUUCUGAUUGAAAUUGGAUUGUUUUAACCAUAGAUUUUGAUCUUUAAAGGUGGUUACUUUUUUCUGGAGAUCAAUUAUCUGUUUGGAAUCAUGGGGAAUUUCUUUGUUUUCUAAAUUUACUGAGGUGCUUACUUUUCUGGGGAUUAAUUACCUUUUUGGAUUUUGGGUCUUUUGGGACUUCCUAAAUUUAUUGAGGUUCAAUCUGAGUAAAACAGCGGGUAAUCGCUGUAAAAGUUUGUUCUUGGUAAUUGGUGAAGAGGUUGAUUGGAUCAUCAUGGAUCAUGUUGUGGGUGGGAAGUUUAAGCUGGGAAGAAAGAUUGGAAGUGGGUCUUUUGGUGAACUUUAUUUAGGUGUGAAUAUACAGAAUGGAGAGGAAGUUGCUAUUAAGCUGGAAUCAGUCAAGACAAGGCACCCUCAACUACACUAUGAGUCCAAAAUUUAUAUGCUUCUCCAAGGAGGAACCGGGAUUCCUAAUCUCAAAUGGUUUGGAGUUGAGGGCGAGUACAAUAUAAUGGUCAUUGACCUUCUUGGACCAAGUUUGGAAGACCUCUUCAACUAUUGCAACAGGAAGUUUACUCUGAAAACAGUGCUUAUGCUAGCAGAUCAACUUAUUAAUAGAGUUGAAUACAUGCACUCUAGAGGAUUUCUUCACCGUGACAUAAAGCCAGACAACUUUUUAAUGGGCUUAGGUCGCAAGGCAAACCAGGUUUACGCCAUUGACUUUGGGCUUGCCAAAAAGUAUAGGGAUCUCCAGACUCACAAGCAUAUACCAUACAGGGAAAACAAGAAUCUGACAGGAACAGCUCGGUAUGCCAGCGUCAACACACAUCUCGGAGUUGAGCAAAGCAGAAGAGAUGAUUUGGAAUCUCUUGGUUAUGUGCUUAUGUAUUUUCUUAGAGGAAGCCUUCCAUGGCAGGGACUGAAAGCUGGUACCAAGAAGCAGAAAUAUGAUAAAAUCAGUGAGAAAAAGAUGUUAACACCAAUAGAGGUUCUGUGCAAAUCAUAUCCAUCUGAAUUCAUAUCAUACUUCCACUACUGCCGAUCAUUAAGAUUUGAGGAUAAACCUGACUAUUCAUAUUUGAAGAGGCUUUUCAGAGACUUGUUUAUUCGUGAAGGUUAUCAAUUUGACUAUGUAUUUGAUUGGACAAUUUUGAAGUAUCCUCAGAUCGGUGCCAGUUCUAGAGGACGAAUUCCUAGUGGGAACGCUGGAGUAAAUGCUGGGCCAUCUGCUGAAAGACCAGGAAGGACGUCAGUGGGGCAAGAUAUUCGAGACAGGUUUUCUGGUGCUGUUGAAGCAUUUUCCAGAAGGAAUACUUCUGCGGCUGGUAGGCAUGGGGAACACUCCAGACAUCGGACUUCAGAGGAUGUACCUUCAUCUAAAGACGUGCAAGCUGAUUCAGAAAGAGGCCGUACCUCGAGAAAUGGCAGCUCUUCAAGAAGGGCUGCCAUUUCAAGCAGCAGACCGACCUCUUCUGGUGAACCCACAGAUAGUCGCUCAAGCAGAUUAGUGUCAAGCACUGGCCGUCUAUCUACCACACAAAGAAUUCAGCAGGGAAUCGAACCAAAACCAUCAUCAUUCUCUCGAACUUCAGUCACAAAGGGUACCCAUGACAACCCUCUUCGGAGCUUUGAGUUUCUUUCUAUCAGAAAGUAAGGGGAUGCACUUGUAAAGAGAAAAUUUCCUGAUUGUUUGAACAUGCAAUCCUAUUUAAGGAUGUCUCAAGCGCUGUAAAUUGGAAAUGUUUUACCUUCUAUGUGACAAUUGAAGCUGAUCCAACUUCUCAUAUUCCUUGUUUUGUUGUUAAUAGAGUUCUGGGCGACCAUAGCUCAUUUAGACUCAUCCAAAGAAAUGUUGAGUCAAGUGCAAGAGUUCUAUAUAUAUGCGUGGGACGGGCAGCUUGAUAAAUAUUGUUGUACGAAUUGAUGUAACUUUUACCUUAUUCCUUAUUGGAAUGUCUAGUGAGAGAAUUCUUUUCUGGGGGUUUGAAUGCAUCUUUUUAAGUCAGCCUAGGAAUAUUCUGAUGGUCGGAUUCCGCAAGUGGUUGUGGUGAUUAAUAUUAUUGGGAAAGAUUUUGCAAU